GCCCUGCAGACUUCGUGCCAGUCAGACCAACAGUAAACUACCGUGUGUAUGGUUCUUGUUUCCGCUGAGUUGCUCAUAGACAUGAACUUUGAGACUCCAGUAUCAUCACUGCUUCUACCCGGGUGUGUGCGCUGCUGGCAGAUGCAUAUUUCUCUUUUUCCCAUGGAGUGAGUGUCACCAAAAGCAACGUGAACUUGGUAUCAACAUCAUUGUACGUACAGCACAACAGGCUCGCUGCGAGGAUUAAACCUCAUCUGUCGGGGCAGCACUGCUGGGACAAGCCCAGGUUAAUUACAUCUGAACCUUGGAUAUACUGUAGUCACUGGAAAUGAAAGAGGGAAAAGGAUGAUCUCAUGCAGUGUGUAGACAUGAGAGGACCAAGGAGCACGUGAAGAUGUCCCAGAAGGCAACUAAAACAUGGUGCUUUAGGCUUAUCCCAGUUCUCGUCUUCCUCAUCUCCUUUGUCACAUACUACUGUUGCUAUGUCAUACUUCAGAGCAACGGAGGCACCAGCAAGUCUCUUAACAGUAGCAAGUCGCUGUGUGGUGGCUGGCUUACUCAGAAGAAGUGGGAGAGCCUUGACUUUAACAUUAGCAGACGGACACAGCUCUUUCUGAAACUGGAGGAUUUCUUCUGGCAAGAGCAUCUGUCAAAGCUGGCAUUACCUUAUGGCAUUAAGGGCAGUGAGCUGCAACUACUGAAAGUUCUCGCUGUAGCUGCAAAUUAUCAGGUCCCAACCCAUAUUGAAAACCUUGAAUGCAGAACCUGUGUAGUCAUAGGCAAUGGCUUUGCCAUCAAAAACAGCUCCUUGGGAAGCAUUAUCAACAAAUAUGACGUGGUCAUUCGGUUGAAUGACGCACCAGUGAAGGGCUAUGAGGAGGAUGUGGGGAACAAGACCACCAUGAGGUUCUUCUACCCCGAGUCGGCCUCCUACAACCCCGGCCUGCACAACGAGCCCAGUACACUCAUGGUCCUGGUGCCUUUCAAACAGCAAGAUCUACGGUGGCUCAAAGAGAUCCUCUAUGAUGAGAAGAGGAUCAGGAAAGGCUUUUGGAAGCCCCCUCCCCAAAUCUGGUUGGGUGAUGUCAGUAAAAUCAGAGUGCUGGACCCCCACUUUCUGCACCAGACAGCAGAGAGACUCUUACGGAUCCCCCUGUACCCCAAAAAUAAAGAGAAUCCGGUACAUCCUACCACGGGUAUCCUUGCUGUGUUUGUUGCUCUCAACUACUGUGAUGUGGUCCACAUUGCUGGUUUUGGAUAUCCAACCUCAAAGACCCAAAGGCAGCCUAUCCACUACUAUGGAUAUGAAACCAUGAAAUCUAUGAAGAAUUCUUACCAUGAUGUCAAUCAUGAAGCUGAAGCCUUAAAAAGACUGGAGGAUUUAGGUGCCAUCUUGUACCUGCACAGACACACAUACAGUACAUAACACUGUUCCAGUUUGAUUUAAUCCAAAAAUGAUUUAACACCAAAUCUCAAUUGCAUUUGGUUUGGGUCAUCAGAUGUUAAUGUGCCUUCUGCAGUGGGAUUCAAGACAUUUUGCUGGUACUUUGACUCAUCGUUUGGUGACACGACUGGCACCUAUCUAGCUGUGAAGAGCGUUUACCUCCCUGGCACCUUAUGUUUUGUUGAACUGAGAGGCAUAAAAAGUGUUUUUAACUGCUAUUUUAACAAUGUUCCAUUGAUUUAUGAAGUGGUAUGAUGUUUUUAUAAUGUGGCUCUGCAUUUUGCGUCACUUUUGGGGGUUUGUAUCUUUUGUGUAUCACAACUUUCAAAGUCAAUUUGCAGUACAUCAACAAUUCACGUGGUGACUCAGAUAUCUGUUUGUUGCCGCUCCAACCUAGCUAGUUAAGUCUGAUUACGUCAGAUCUUUUAUAAUUGCAAUGCUUUGAUGUUGUUUUUAGGACCAUGUAAUGGCACAGGCUUAUACAUCGUAUGAGCAUUUCAAAUCUACAGCUGAAAUGGGAGUUCUUUUGUCCAGAGAUUUUAUGCUUAUCGGUGAGCUGCAAAUCUAAUCAGUCUGGAUUAUUUCUUAUACACUCAUCAUGAUAUGAGUCUCAUUUUCAAUUUUAUUAAGUCAGAUAUUUUGUUUUCAAUGAGAGGGUUGUUAGGAUUUAUGGGGCAUGUUUUAACUACAUUUUAAAUGUACAUUUUAAUUCAUGUGAAACAAAAAUGAACUGAUCACAAACCUUCACGCUGUUACUUCUUGGACUGGAAAUACUACUUGUAUUUUGCUCAUUUGUAAGAUUUUUAAUUACAUCUCCCAAACAGUUGUAUCUGUUUUUUAAUUUAUUCUUUUUUUUCACAAACAUUGCCAUUUAAUGGUACCACUGGAUAUUUUUUAUUGCACAGAUUAAAAUAAAUUUUUAAUUAAAAAGAAA